AUGCCUUUCUUCACUUUUGUUGUGAUCCUGACAGCAGCAUUGGGAGCAUCUGCCCGCCAACUUGAUGUUGACAGCAGUGACAAUACCAUAUCAAGUGCACAAGCAUUAGCCGCCAAUCUCAUGACCUACUACAACAGCGCAUCAAUAUUACCUCACCCAUACUGGUGGUGGGAGACAGCCGGCUCUCUAGCGACCAUGGCCCAAUAUUCGCACAACACUCAAGACUACCAGUACGACGACCAGGUCGCCAGUAUCAUAGUCAGCCAGGCGGGGAAUGCAGGAGACUUCAUGGGCCCCAGUACACUUGGAAACGACGAUCAAUUAUGGUGGGCCAUACUUUGCAUGACGGCGGCAGAGUAUGGUUUCCGCCAACUCGACUCGGGCCCACAGUAUCUACAGCUCGCCCAGAACGUGUACAAAGAAGUAUCGGCACGCUGGGACAACAGCACAUGUAAUGGCGGUCUCCGCUGGCAGAUCGCGAGCUCUGCACCUGGCUACAACUACAAGAACGCCAUCUCCAACGGACUCUUCUUCCAGCUAGCCGCUCGCCUGGGUCGGUAUACUGGCGACAGCUCUUACCUCGACCAAGCAAAGAGAAGUUGGGACUGGCUCGCCUCCAUCGGUAUGAUUGACGCAGCCAAUUACAACGUUUACGACGGUAGCGACGACACAUUGCAAUGCAAAUCCCUCGACCACGACCAAUGGUCCUAUAACUCCGCCGCUUUCCUAUACGGCGCAGCAAUGAUGGCAGAUGCCACGGGCGAUACCUCAACCUGGCAACCAAGGCUCACAGGCCUCCUAACAAGCAUCACCAAGACCUUCACCAUAAACUCCAUCCUGCAGGAACCCUGCGAAACCAAGCCCGAAGGCUGCAAUACAGACCAACUCUCCUUCAAAGCAUACACCGCCCGCUGGCUAGCUGCAACCGCCGCCCUUGUCCCCAGCACAGCCGCACAAAUUCAGCCGAUCCUCACGGCUUCAGUCAAAGGAGCACUGCCGAGCUGCAAUGAUGGGACGGAAGGCACUUGUGGUGCGAGAUGGACUACGAAUGCAUUUGAUGGGUCAGGAGGGGUGGGGCAGCAGAUGAGUGCGCUGGAGAUUGUGCAGGCGGGACUGUUGGGAGGGCGGCCGCUGCCUGGGAAGAUCGUGGGGAGGACUGUGGCUAUGAGGUUUCGGGCUUGA